AUGGCCCGGCUAAUCCCGGAGAUACGCAUCGUCGAAGUUGGUCCUCGAGACGGGCUGCAGAGUAUCCAUGAAGCCAUUCCUACAGAAAUAAAAAUCGAACUAAUCCAGCGACUUCGACGAGCCGGCCUGCAAAGUAUCGAGCUCACCUCCGUUGUCUCCCCGCGCAGGGUGCCUCAGUUAGCAGAUUGCCAACAAGUCCUUGCCGAUCCUGCUAUAAGGGAAUUGUUGCUAAUAACAACGAAUGAUGGUGGACAGCUACAACCAGGUCUUCGCUUGCCGGUACUAACGCCAAAUCUCAAAGGACUUGAAGUAGCGUUGUCGCAUGGUGUUAAAGAAGUAGCUGUUUUUGUCAGCGCGACGGAGGGUUUCAGCAGAGCAAAUAUCAACUGCACUGUUGAGCAAGGGAUUGAAAAGGCUCGAUCUGUGGCAAAAAAAGCUACAAAUUCCGGAGUUGCAGUGAGGGGCUAUGUAUCCUGCAUAUUUAUGGACCCAUACGAUGGCCCAACCAAACCAUCUAGUGUCCUGUACUGUGUGCAGGAGUUGUUGAAGAUGGGUUGCUAUGAGGUCAGCUUGGGCGAUACCACAGGAGCUGGCACCCCAGCAAAGGUGGCUACUCUGAUUCGAUACUUGGAGAAAAGCGGCAUUUCGCUAAAUCGUCUCGCCGGCCAUUUUCACGAUACCUAUGGACAAGCAGUGGCAAACGUAUUGCAGGCCUACCUCUGUGGUAUUAGGGUGUUUGAUGCCAGCGUUGGUGGUCUCGGGGGGUGCCCGUUUGCCCCAGGUGCUAAAGGAAACGUCUCGACCGAGGAUAUUGUUCUCAUGUUUCAGAACGCAGGUAUUCAUACAGGAGUCAACUUGCCUGAUCUGGCUGCCAUCGGGAAUUGGAUAAACCAGCAAGUCGGAGGAUCCUCCUCGGAAAGUCUACGUAGCAGCUACGCUGUGGACUUCAACAUAUCAAUAACACAAUCCCAAGCGAGAGUGAUCCGGCUUCCCGAUUUCCGUCCUAUCACGUAUGUGAAAGCAUCCUUGAAGCGAGUCAAACAUGCCGAUAAGCUGCGCAUCUAUCAGACCGGAAGUGAUCUCAAAAUCAUCUUGAAUCGGCCCAACAAGGGAAAUGCACUCACUAGAUCCAUGAUUGCCGGAUUGAUCAAGUCUUUGAAGGCAUACAACACCAAUCCUUCAGUUUCUCGCAUAAUAAUCACGGGAUCUGGAAAGUAUUUCUGCACGGGCGCCAAUAUGCGAAAAGAUGUCAAUGAAAAAGUGGAAGUGACUUCGUUUGACCUUCUAAUGCAAUUAUUUGAAGCGAUUGAUCAAACCCCCAAGCCAGUCAUUGCAUGUCUCAACGGACACGCCUACGGUGCUGGUGUGGCUCUAGCUUUUGCUUGUGAUGAGCGGAUCAUGGUUCAAACAGCGACCAUCAACCUAAAUCACACAAAGCGGAGUGUCCUCACAGACCUUAUAUCACGUUAUGUUUCUCGAGAAGGGGACGCUGCAACCUGUUCCCAGGACUUCACGCUAUCUGCACACCCCAUUAGCGGCUCUGUACUUCAGAUUCUGGGCCUUGUUACAGAGAUUGUGGAUGGAAAGAAAGACCUCCAGGCAAAAUUAGAAAGUUAUCUCUUUGUGAAAGGAGAUUUGGGAAAGACUUCUGCGUCGCUGGCAAAGAUGACUAUUGGUUUCCGCACUCUUUCGGGAUCGACGCCGCUUAACGCAAAGAUGACUCUUGACGACGGUGUCGGCAAACCGCCUUUAGCAGGCCUAAAGGUACUCGAACUCGCCGGUACUGUGAUCGCUCCUUUCGCGGGUAUGGUUCUUGCCGACCUUGGAUGCGACGUAGUACGAGUCGAGCCUCCUCCUACAAACAAUUUCAACGAAAAGGCAUGGAUUGAUUCAAUAUGUCGUCAUAAAAGUUCCAUUGUUGUUGAUUUCAAACUGUCUGCGUCACGUCAGGCCUUCCUCGAUCUAUUGGAGGUUGCAGACAUACUGAUUGAUCCUUAUCGACCGGGGGCAUUUGACCGCAUGGUUGGCAUGCGAGCCGAUGAACUGUGUCGACGGUACCCGAAAUUAAUAUAUGCGCGCGUGACGGGAUUUUCACGCCAUGACAAACGAUAUGCUCGAGCACUGGGUCAUGAGAAUAACUUCAUGGCGGUAUCCGGUGCAUUGCCAGCUUUGCAGCAUAUGCAUGGCGGGGAUGAGUCUGGGCGUGGGCCGAUGUCCAAAGUGACAGUCAACUAUGCAACCGACUUCGGCGGUGGGAGUAUGGCAUGUGUAGUUGGUAUCCUUGCAGCCGUGAUCCACCGUACUGCGUCUGGAAAAGGCCAGAUUGUGGAUGCAAGUGUCCAGCAGGGUACUUCUUACCUGGCAAUAUUUCCACUGCAGAGGAGAAAGGGUCAACCUGAAAACGAGCCUUCGCUACCCGUCAAUGAUGUGCCAUGGUCGGAUGUUUACCGCACGUCUGACGGAAAGUAUAUGAUGGUCUGCAGCAUCGAGGACAUAUUUUAUGACCGAAUGAUACGUGGACUUGGCUUAGAUGCUGCUGCAAUCCCUGACCGAGCUGACCGCCAGAAUUGGCCUAAGCUCAGAGACAUCUUGGCCAACAGGUUUCUUUCUGAAUCUCAAAAUCAUUGGAGAGGUAUUUUCGAUGAUAUUCAGGCUUGUGUCAGCCCUGUAUUAGAUGCGGAUGACGCUGAUGUCAGUAUUAACCAACCGCUAAUACACUUGAGCCGUACGCCAUCUCUGCCAACAGAAUUGUCGGAUGCUCCGUCUCAAAUUCCGGUUUUAAGGCCCGGGCAAGGAGAUCAAGAGGCUGUACGGCGCUGGCUAGGAGCUGAUGGUAAAUGCCAAUUUACCAUUGAUGCUACUAGUCGCACUCUAACCCGGGUAAAACGAGUUGAUCGGCAGUCUGAAUCGUCAUUUGUCAUUGUCAUUGUUAUUUACAGACUUGUAUCCCUGGAGAGCUACCGCGUGUUUGGGCUACAACAAAUUACGGUCUCGAUCAGUUUCUAG